UAGUGCUUAGGGGUGGACCCCCCAAAUCGCAGCCCCACCCCCACAACCCUGGGCAGCAGAGUGACAGUUGGUUCCCUCUGGCCUGAUCGCAGCGGGGCCAAGUGUCUUCAGCUUUGAGAUUCCUUUCAGCACGGCCCCUCGAUGACCCCCAACGGCAUAACAGGGUGAAGGCAGGUGAAGCAGUGCCUGAGGACAGACCUCGCCAUUUGAUUCUAUUUAGAAGAGAGCCACCCACUGAGAAGGAAAAGCUUCAGUAGCUGUAGGGGCUGUGACCUUUCGCUGUGACCUUUCGCUGUGACCUUUCAAGCACGGUGCAGUUGGAGCACAGAGCCCAGCAUAUAAAAGACAGCACAGACUGGAAGAAAGACUGAUGAAGAAAAGUAACAGCAUGGUUGAGGUAAUGGAGACAUACUGGAACACAUGGAGAAGCUAGUAUCUUGCAGGAAUCCAAGAUGAGGAGAGUUUUUUUAAAAAUAAUCCAUCUGGAUGUAGAACUCUCAGCUCCUUCUCCAGCAGUAUGUCUGCCUGUGUCCUGCCACGUUUUCUGCCAUGACAUUAAUGGACUAAACCUCUGAAACUAAGGAAGAAUCCUGUUCAGAAAUGAGGCGAAUUAAUGUUCGGACAUCGGUGCAUGAAGUAUUUUAAACCUGCCCUGACCAUCUUGCCAAAUGAGUCUCUGCUCAUGAGACCCAACAAGAUGAACCAGCCAAGGAGAGAUAGUGUCCUGCCCUGUAUGAACAGUGACUGCUGACGCCUGAGAGCAAGCCGGGGGUACUGAAUGCUGUCUGCAAGUACCAUGAAGGAAGUGGUUUAUUGGUCACCCAAGAAGGUGGCAGACUGGCUGUUGGAGAAUGCUAUGCCAGAAUACUGUGAACCUCUGGAGCAUUUCACAGGCCAGGACUUAAUCAACCUAACCCAAGAGGAUUUUAAAAAACCCCCACUGUGCCGAGUCUCCUCUGACAACGGGCAGCGACUCUUAGACAUGAUAGAGACCCUGAAGAUGGAGCACCAUAUGGAAGCACACAAGAAUGGCCACGCCAAUGGACACCUCAGCAUUGGCGUUGACAUUCCCAACCCUGAUGGCAGCUUCAGCAUCAAGACUAAACCCAACGGAAUGCCAAAUGGGUUUAGGAAAGAGAUGAUCAAGAUCCCCAUGCCAGAACCGGAGCGCUCCCAGUAUCCCAUGGAGUGGGGCAAGACUUUUCUGGCCUUUCUUUAUGCACUUUCCUGUUUUGUUCUCACUACAGUGAUGAUCUCGGUCGUCCAUGAACGAGUACCUCCUAAGGAGGUGCAGCCUCCACUACCGGACACGUUUUUUGACCAUUUUAACCGGGUGCAGUGGGCGUUUUCUAUUUGCGAAAUUAACGGCAUGAUCCUUGUAGGACUCUGGUUAUUUCAGUGGCUGCUCUUAAAAUACAAGUCUAUUAUUAGCAGAAGAUUUUUCUGCAUAGUUGGCACGCUGUACCUGUAUCGGUGUAUUACAAUGUAUGUAACUACACUCCCAGUACCUGGCAUGCAUUUCAACUGUUCUCCGAAGCUCUUUGGAGACUGGGAAGCUCAAGUACGGAGAAUAAUGAAGCUCAUUGCUGGAGGUGGCUUGUCCAUCACAGGCUCGCACAACAUGUGUGGGGACUAUCUGUACAGUGGCCACACGGUCAUGCUAACGCUCACCUACUUAUUUAUCAAAGAGUAUUCCCCUCGGCGGCUCUGGUGGUACCACUGGAUUUGCUGGCUCCUCAGCGUUGUUGGAAUCUUCUGUAUUCUCUUAGCGCAUGACCACUACACUGUGGAUGUGGUGGUGGCAUACUACAUCACCACAAGACUCUUCUGGUGGUAUCACACGAUGGCCAAUCAGCAAGUGCUAAAGGAAGCUUCCCAGAUGAACCUCCUGGCCAGGGUGUGGUGGUACAGGCCAUUUCAGUACUUUGAAAAGAAUGUCCAAGGAAUUGUACCUCGAUCUUACCAUUGGCCCUUCCCCUGGCCAGUAGUCCACAUUAGUAGGCAAGUUAAAUAUAGCCGGCUGGUAAACGACACAUAACAGCUCUGACGACUAAGGGAAUGAAGAACAGUCCGAAGUGCUCAGAACUCCAUGAGAGAAGAUGCCAUAAUGUAACCGCCUCCCCUGCUAUCUCUCAACAGUUACCUGACUUAACCUAUUGAGUUACCUGCUCAGCACUGUGAUCUUUUCUUUUCUCUCCAAAGGACCCGCGUUGGACAACAAUAAAGAAAAUUUACCAUAUCAUGCACUGUACACAUUUCCUGUUGUUAAGCUUGGGGCUUCUAUAACGGGCGGCCACCACGUCCCUCUGUGUCAUUCAGCCGCACCACCAUGCGCUUGUAUAUCCUAAGCUCUGGCCUUUCCAGCCACAUCUGGAAAUAAAGUGUGUUAUUUUCUUGGGAAAACAUACUUUUCAUAUCUCUUGCCCCAAAGACAGGGCUGUAAGCCAUUUUCUAGUAAAUGUCUCUAUGAAAGGGUCCUAAGGGUCUGGAUGGGCGUCGAUUCAGAAUCUCUCUGCCCAUUGCACUGAUGCUCAGCUGAAGAAGCUAGGUGCAGAGAGGAUUGGUCACCUGGGGUUUUAUACAGUCAGCAGAGACGGUGUAUCAAAAAGUGCAAAAAAAAAUUCUGUUAUAAAGUGAUUUUUCUAAGUAUUUCCUAACUUUAUUUUUCAAAAUGAUGUUAUGAAAACCAAAUUUAAAGAUUUUUACAUGUCACAGAAAAGAGAGUUAACAUUUAAAAAUGCUUCUUGGGAGAGAAAUUUGUCUAUGUUUCUAGUGCCUUUCUUGUCUUGAUUGUAUGGUCGGUUGGUAGGCGAUCUUAAAUGUUUUUAUUUAUUCCAUAAAAAUAUAAAUGUAUGUAUACACUACUAAAUUUUGCAUUUAUAGCUAAAUUAAAUCAAAAGACUGCUAAUGGGUUUUAAAAUUGUUUUGAACUGAAGAGUAGGGGUGUGAAUUAGAGUACACACCCAUUCACAUAUUGUGAGCAGGUAGCACUGACAAGUGCCACUGAGAUUAUGCCAUCGGUUUGGUAGUUCGGUUUUAACUACUCAACAAAAACAGCCAUGAAUAUCUUUUUUUAAAGAGAGUUUCGAAAAUGAUCACUUACCUAAAACUUGAAAGCUAUAAAUUAGUUAUCCAUACUCUCAUGACAGUUUUGUUGGUGAACAAUAACAACAAAAAGAGAUCUAUUUCUUUAAAAUAUAUUUGUGCAGAAACUGCAUGUUACUCUGAGUUUUACUCCUGACAUACAUAUAUGUUUGGGGAAGUAUUCUACUCUAUACUUGCCAACGUGGAGAACAAAAUAGUUUUCUAAGAGCGAAGAAGUAUAUAUAUAUAAAUAAAUAUAAAUAUAAUAUCCAUUCUGUAUUUUAUGUGCAGCAGGAUUACCUUCUGUAGGUUUUUUUGUGUGUGUGCGCACGUGCACGAGUGUGUGCGUGUGCAUGUAUGAGUGUGUGUGUGUAUGUGUGUAUGUGUGUGUACUCACAAGGUGAUAUUUGUAUUGUAAAACAAUAAUGGUGAAGGAAAUAAAGGCUUUUAAAUUUUUGUUUGUUUUAAAUCUUUGUAAAGUUAUUAUUCCAGAGAGUAUACUGAUAUCUUACAACUUACCUAAAUCAUAAAUUAAUCAAAAUGCACUUUUUAAUAAAAACUUAUACUGAAA